CAGAGAGGCAACGCUUUAAGCUGCUUCCGCUGUUUUUAACUGUAACACUUUAAUCUUUUAGCUGAAGAAUGGAGCCUUCAGUAAAUGCAGCCUUUUCUACAGCAUGCUUCCUCUCCAACGUGUGUGUGCAUAUGCUUAUGUUGUACGUGUGUGUGCGUGUGUGUGUGAGAGAAAGAGAGAGAGAGAGAGAGAGAGAGAGAGACGGACGGACGGGUAUCAGCAUGGAUUAGUGAGUAAAGGUAAGCGUGUGUCUCUCCCUGUCUCGGCGGAUUUCCAUCCCUCUCCUCCUCUCUCUCCGGUCACACACACCGACCUGGUUUGAACCACCGCUGCCGUCUCAUCUCAUCCCGUCUUCUCCGCCGAAACACCCGCUGCUGUCUCAUGGCGGCUCCUGUUUGUGUGUGAGAGUGUGUGUGUGAGUGUGUGUGUGUGUGUGUGUGUGUGACUGAUUGGUUGGGUGUUUUUUUUUUUUUCGGUGUCGGACCGUCGUGCGAUGCCAUUACUCCCUCAGGAGGCUGAGAGAUUCGAUGGGCUGUCUCUACUCUACUGGACGAUCAUGGGCCCGCACGGCAUCAACCGAGCCGUACAGAGGCUGGAGUUCUGCGACUGCAAGAAAGGACUCGGUGUGAAAAUAAUCGGAGGUUACCGAGAGCUGACGGGAGAGGAGUUUGGUAUCUACAUCAAGCGCGUGAUAGCCGGUGGUUUGGCAGCCAUGGACGGUCGGCUUAAGUCAGGUGACCUGAUUUUGGAUGUCAAUAACAUCAGUCUUAUAGGAGUGACCAAUGACAGGGCGGUGGAGAUCUUGAGGACAGCCUCACUCUCUAAUCACAUGUCCCUGCUCAUCGCCAGAGACGAUGAAUCCAGGAGGGAGUUUGCUGAGUUGAUGGAGAAGUAUGGUUCCAAUAAUUUCACAGCUUCAGGACGAAUCUCUCCCACUCAGCUCUCCACAGGGAAGCUGACAGACACCGCCUCCUCCUCCUCCUCCUCCAGAUCGGAAAGCCCCCAGCUCCUCAGUCCUAAAGAGGGGGUCACCGCAUACACCCACGCCCCUCCUUACACUGCCAACCCCCCCUACGCCGUGCACGCGCCCAUGCACGCCUUCAGUGACAGUGUCAUUCAGUUGAUAUGUGUUGCCAAGGGAACAGGCCUGGGGCUCGUCAUCAAGGGGGGAGCCAACCGUGCCGAAGGACCAAUGGUGUUCAUUCAGGAAAUAGUGCCUGGAGGAGACUGCCAGAAGGAUGGCAGGCUGCAGGUCGGAGACCAGCUGGUGUCCAUUAACAAAGAGUCCCUUAUCGGAGUGACGUAUGAGGAGGCCAGGAGCAUCCUGACACGCACUAAACUCAGACCAGACCCUACGGUGGAAAUUGCCUUCAUCAGGCGGAGGUCAUCCUCCAGCUCCAGCAGCGGGCCUCACAGCCCUAUCUCCCUCCAGGGGUCUGGAGUUGGAGGCGGACCCCAGACGAGGCCCCCUGGACUGGGCACCGCACCUUCACAGCCAGCCGUGGUCACCAAGAUCACCUCCAGCCCACACCCCGCCAGUGAAACCCUGCCAGCAGUCAACGUCAGCCAGGUGCGAGUGUCUCCAGCCAGAACAGAGCAGACACAUGUCUCCUCCCCGCCAGAGAGUGACAGUGUCCCUGAUGCCAACCCUGAGCCUGGCAGCAGUCAGCCUCCUCAGAGGAAGUGCUCCCUCAGUGCUAGCUGUCGCCUGAAACUGGAGAGGUUGGAGCAGGCUCUGGAUCUGGUUGGUCUGAAGCCCACAGAAACUCAGCGGCAGGCGCUUAGGUCCAGACUACGAGCUGAUCCAGCGGGGACGGUGGCCUUCACAGACUUUGAGAGCCUGAUCAGGGAGCUGUUCAAGCCUCAGCUGGAGGAGUUGGCCGUCAGCCAGCCGGGGUCAAGGUUCACAUCUGAUGACCUGUCCAGUUUGUUGGAGUCGCCCACCAACCCACUGCCGUCACUGUCAGACUCUGAGGACCUAGAGGAGAUGGAGAGGCUGAGGAAAGAGCACAUCGAGGCUCUGAGGGAGAUCAAGAGGCUGCAGGAGCAGCUGGUUGAGUCUCAGCGGGUUCACCAUCAGAUGGAGGAGGAGCUCAGUAAAGUCAAACAGGAAGUAAAACUGGGAGCAGAGGAGAGUCGGGCCCUGAGGACUCGGAUCCAGCUGGCCGAGGCGGCCCAGAAGCAGGCCAGGGGGAUGGAGAUGGACUACGAGGAGGUGAUUCACCUGCUGGAGGCCGAGAUCGCUGAGUUGAAGACUCAGAGGGUGGAGCAACCAGCGCAGAUCAAUAAGCAGGAGGAGAUGGAGGAGCUGAAGAAGAGGGUGGCUGUCCUGGAGUGUCAGCUACGGAAGAGCGAAGCUGCCAAAAAGGGCUUUGAGAUGUCAACAGGAAAACUGCUGAGUUUUGUCGAGAACGUUCAAGAGUUUCUGCUCGAAAGUCACGGACCAACCAAGAGUUACAGCUCUGGAGAUGUUAAAGUCGGGGCAUCGUCUCAAGGCCUCCCCUCUCGCUACAAGAAGAGUCCGUGGACGGCGGCCACGCUGGCCCAGGAGGCGAAGGACCUCACACGGACUGUCAGAGCCAUUCUGGAGGUGGACUUGCUGACCUUCUAGAGGACCCGACUGUUGGAGAACAAAGUCGGCGAGGCUCUGAGACGUCAGCAGGAGCUCAACAGCCAACCAUGAAUUCUCUUCCCUGACAACUCCUCAUCUCCUCAGUACCUGCUAGCAACGGACUCAUGUCUUAUCUCUGCAUGAAACACUGUUUUGUUUCUGUGAAGCAUUUAUCACUGCACAUCUGCUGAAUAGUCACUGAACUGUGGCUUUGUUCCGGUGUUUUCACCUGCGUACAUCAAUGUACAAGUUCAAACAUGGAAGCUGUUUGUCACUUUGUCAGUUUUGUCUCAUGAGAAACGUUUAUGCAGGUUGAUACACUGGAAGGAGACCGCUGUAAUGUUGGGUUAGGACUUCCUGAACGUUUAACAGUUUGGUCCAUUCAGCCUUGUAAUCAUGUGAUGAGAAAAACAGAGUAACAUCAUCAGGUCCACCUGCUGAACCUUCAAAGAAAUUACAGCAAGAAUUGAUCGUCCAGGACUCAAUGAUCAGUUUAUUAUUAAUUUUACGACUGAGUUUCAGGGAGGUCUCUCUUAAAUUUUCUUUAACUUUUAUUCUUGAAAUAUUAUGAAUUAUAUCUCAAAAUACAACUUUUCUCUGAGAAUAAUACAUUUUUUUCUUAAAAUAUUUAAAUUUUAUUCUGAAAAUGUCCAAUUAUUUCCCCUUAUCAGUGGACAUUAGCACUUAUAAAUGUUAAUAAGUGGUUUCAAGAUGGAGUUUGGUCCAGUUGGCCAAACAGUCCAUUGAAGAGGUCUCCCUAAUGAAUUAAAGAUUAAAGGACCUAUAUGUAAGUUUUGCUAUUGCUACAUAGAUAACAUUAGCAUUAACAGGUGUUUACUUACCAGUCAAGAAGAAACGUUGCAAGCGGUCUCGAGCAGUGGAAAUGAACCCUCUUGUUUUGCUUCUAUUGCCAAUACUUAUUUUCUUCUAUUGGAGUUAGCAUGCUAACCUGCAAGCCCCAGCCUGGGUUGGCCUGUAUCAUCACUUUCCAAUACCAAAUCACUGUAGCGCCCAGCCCUGAAGAGGUGGCAUGUAUUAUAACCUCUUGGCUAGCAAACGCAACGAUGGCCAAAGCUUUUGUCAAGUCUAGUAAGUAAACGGUUGUUAUUGCUAACAUGAGCUAUGUAGCAAUAGCAACAACUUACAAAUAGCUCCUUUAAAAUUGCCAAUAAAAUUGGUAUCAAAACACUCGUCACAUAGUAAUGUGAGGCAUGGUCAGAACUGUCAAAACUUUGGUGUAGUCCUUUGAAUAUGACUUAGUUUACCUUCCUUUAAAUGGUCUCUGUAGCAUCAAUAAAUACCUUCAUUUAAGAAGCAAUAACACUAUAACACAUCAAUGUUACGAUAUCAUAGGAUUGCCAUUUACCGUAGCAGGUGCUCUCUUCCGGAGCGACUUACUCCAUUUAGAAAACACCUCACUGUAGCUCUGUCAGUUAUCUGAUCAAUGUAUAGCUUUAUGUUUGAGUGGCUGAACGCUUGUGUUCGUGCAGUAGAUUAGCCAGCGAAGCAAAUCCUGGAAAUAUCAUCAAACAGUAGAGGAGGAGAAAUCCUGAAAACCUCACUCACCUACAAACACAAGGUCAGGAAGGACGAAGGAGCUUUGACGUUUCAAACAGGAAGUACAGCCAGCAGAGUUCUGAUACCAGCAACGAUGUAAGGGCAGCUCUGGCCUGAUUGGACUCUUUAGACGCUUUUGUCAUGUUUGGAGAUAUUUGCUGUAAAUCCUUUGUCUUUUUUUGGAGUAAAUAUUCGGAAACAAACUGUCCACAUAUCCUGAGUUCUUCUUUGUGAAGAGGAACAGCCACUUCAAGCUCAAACUGGGUCAAAUUCAGUUUUAGUGUCUGGAUUAUUUUGACUGUAGCUGCAGGAAAAGUCUCAAUUUGUUUAGUCUGAUGAACAAACUUGUAACUGAUAUAAUGAAAUGAAAAAAGGUUAAGAAGCUGUUGUUCCUUACCAGAUGGGGCUUGUUUGAAAUGCAAAGACUAAAAGCACUAACCUUAUGUCAGAAAACCAAACAGGAAGUUUACUGUGAAACUUAUUUUUUUGUUGUAUUAAAAAAACCCUCCUGCUCA